AAAUACACUCACAUUUUCCCAUCCGAGACGUUAUUGCACCGCUGCCAAAAUACACGACAGUCGACAGUGAGAUCCGAUACGAAAAUAGCACGUGCAAAAUAGUUUAGCAAAACUGCAACCGAUUUUGUCAAUCAUUUUCUCAUCCAUUUUCAACUGUGACCGUACAUCGCGUGCGUGAUUAGCUUUAAUUUUGAAUAGGCGAAUUUUUGAACGAAACAUGGGCCAUCAUCCGGAGCCGAAGACGUACAUCUCGGACAAAUUGCCAGAAGGGUUGCGUAAAAGCAUGCAAACCUUCCAGGCCAAAAGUUCACUACCGGUGUUCCUGAAGGGAGGUCCAGCUGAUAGAAUCCUUUUUCUUAGCACUUGUGCUCUGUGUGGCGUUGGCAUUCUCGGAUGUCUCAAAUUCAUCUACCAGAUGGGAUUCACCGGUAAGAAGAGUGAUUGAUAUUAUCGUUGAAUAUAGGUAAUAAAACAGAUUCGUCAUGUAUUAUGAAAACUUAAA